AUGGCCGCAAACAGCUCACGGCUCCACAGAACGAGCCCGGAAACAGCACGGGCAGAAGUCCUCUGGAUGCAGAUGUUGGAAGAAAUUGACAGUGAAGAUCCUACGGAGACUAUUUUGACUUAUUACGAACAGCACGAAAUCUUGAGGCAAAGGAUUUUAGACUACUACCAAGUGGUUUACAAUGGUGAAGGUCUCGUUGAGGAGGACGCUUGGCUGGAAGACGUGGGUUAUGUAAAUAUCGAAGACUAUCGAGCGACGCCAGGGCGAAGAGCGUCGUUGAGACGAGAGGCGCAAGAAGAUGGGAACUUGAGCGUGGGUGCGCGGAACACGUUGGAGGAAACAUUCAACGACAUCGAUCAUCAGGACAUCCUGCAGGUGAACGAUAGAUUGGAGGCAUACACGAACCCAGAAUCAAACCUGACUCACGAUGACAGAGUUGCCUUAUACACGCGUGCAGUUGAGCUGGCCGAUCGCUUCGAUUAUGAGGAGCUCAGGAACGCAGUGGACAGCAUGCAGACCUACAACGAAACCGUAAGCUACACGGACGAGCCUCUCCAACCCUUCAGUGAGGACCACCGGGACCGUAUCGGGCAAAUUCUGCAGGAGUUGGCACGCAUUUGGAGCGUGCCGCAGGCCAAUGAAUUCUUCUCCGGCUUUGACGAGGAUUUCUUUUUCCCUCCGCCGGCAGGUUCGCCAAUGCGUGGGUCCACGUUGUACCCCAGUCUAGAUCGAGCAGAUAUGAGAUUCUGGGACCCGAUAUUGCUGGAGGCGUUGCGCCUCCUCGCAGGAAAUCUAGGGGGUCUAGACCCUGCGGACCAUGCCCGCUGGAACGCAGCGCAGCAGGAGAUCUUCGACGACGAGAGUGAUGGGAGUGGCACUAUCCACCUGCUGUUCUUCCUCAGAACCGAGAUUCGUAGACGGUUGUUAGUUGACCCGGCCGAUCUGAGAAGGUGGCUCACUUACGAUGAUGUAAGAGCCACGCUUAACGACCUCGGUGUUACGGGACGCGAUUGGGAUGUCGAAUUGAAUGCUAUCGGGCAGAUCAAGAUCCAGUCUCUGGAGGAGACGAGGGAGAAGAAGGGGAAGAAGGGGAGGAAGGGGAGGAAGGGGAGGAAGGGGAGGAAGGAGAAGAAGGAGAAGAAGGAGAAGAAGGAGAAGAAGGAGAAGAAGGAGAAGAAGGAGAAGAAGGAGAAGAAGGAGAAGAAGGAGAAGAAGGAGAAGAAGGAGAAGAAGGAGAAGAAGGAGAAGAAGGGGAGGAAGGAGAAGAAGGGGAGGAAGGAGAAGAAGAGGAAGAUCAACUUCCACCUCCUCAACCUCAGCCUCAGCCUCAACCUCCCCCUCAACCUCAACCUCAACCUCAACCUCGACCUCAACCUCAACCUCGACCUCAACCAAUUCGACCAAUUCUCCGACCCCGUCCACCUCAUCUUCCACCUCGACCUCCCAGACCUCUCAGAGUCAGACGUACCCAACUCCAGCUUCUUCAAGCAGCAGCUCAAGCGUUCAUAG